UGGGGCGGAGCUGAGGGACCCAAGGAGAAAAAUGGCGACUCUCGUGUUAGAUAACGGCGCCUACAAUGCCAAGAUCGGGUACAGUCAUGCUCAUGUCAGUGUUAUUCCGAACUGUCAGUUUAGAUCAAAGACUGCUCGUCUGAAAACAUUUACAGCUAACCAACUGGAUGAAAUUAAAGAUCCAUCUGGACUUUUUUAUAUACUCCCGUUCCAGAAGGGCUACUUGGUAAACUGGGAUGUUCAAAGGCAAGUGUGGGACUAUCUUUAUGGAAAAGAAAUGUAUCAGGUAGAUUUUGUAGAUACCAAUAUCAUCAUCACAGAACCUUAUUUCAACUUCAGCUCAAUACAAGAGUCCAUGAACGAAAUAUUGUUUGAAGAAUACCAAUUCCAAGCAGUUCUCAGAGUAAAUGCUGGGGCUCUCAGUGCCCAUAGAUACUUCCGGGAUAAUCCAUCAGAACUGUGUUGCAUCAUUGUAGACAGUGGGUAUUCUUUUACACACAUUGUACCUUACUGCCGAAGUAAAAAGAAGAAGGAGGCCAUUAUAAGGAUUAACGUGGGAGGAAAGCUCUUAACCAAUCAUCUAAAGGAGAUAAUCUCUUACAGGCAACUCCAUGUUAUGGAUGAAACCCAUGUAAUUAACCAAGUGAAAGAAGAUGUGUGUUAUGUUUCCCAAGACUUUUUCAAGGAUAUGGAGACUGCUAAAUUGAAGGGGGAAGAAAAUACAGUAAUGUUGGACUAUGUUUUACCAGACUUCAGCACAAUAAAAAAAGGGUUUUGUAAGCCAAGGGAAGAAAUGGUGUUAAGUGGAAAAUACAAAACUGGUGAACAAAUACUUCGUCUUACAAAUGAGCGAUUUGCUGUUCCAGAGAUACUCUUCCAUCCUUCAGAUAUUGGAAUUCAAGAAAUGGGAAUUCCUGAAGCCAUUGUUUAUUCAAUUCAGAACUUGCCGGAAGAAAUGCAGCCACAUUUCUUUAAGAAUAUUGUUUUAACUGGUGGAAACACACAUCUCCCCGGCUUCAGGGAUCGUGUUUACUCUGAGGUCCGAUGCCUCACUCCCACUGACUACGAUGUUUCUGUUGUUCUGCCAGAGAACCCUAUUACUUAUUCCUGGGAAGGUGGAAAGCUGAUUUCUGAAAAUGACGAUUUUGAAGAUAUGGUGGUAACCAGAGAAGACUAUGAAGAAAAUGGACAUAGUAUAUGUGAAGAGAAAUUUGAUAUUUAAAUGGUUCACAAGAUAUGGACAUUAUAUUGUAUAUGUUAAAGACCUGGGAAGUUUUCUUAGAUUGGAACUCUGCUGUAGUUUUUUUUAGAAUGAAACUGUACUGUCAGUUAAUAUAUAUGUAAGGUUUUGUUCAUUUUUAUAUACAUGUAGCUUAUUGGGUUCUUUCCUUCAUAUUCUUUGCCACUCAAAUGCUGGUAGAAACUGAAAUCUGGAUGCAAAUGACUGAACUGAAAAUAUAUCCAUAAAAGUAUAUUUCUUAAAUUAACAAUAUGCUAGAAUAUUUAGUAGGAAAAUGAAAUAAAACAUUUGUAUCCAAAGUUUAUUUGGAAAAUAGUGGUUGUAUUGUAACUGAACACAAGAACACUAAAUCAUAAAUCUAGAAGGCUAGUUCCAGAUUUCUUCAAACACUGCUUAACCAAUUCCUAUCUACUGUUAUAUUAAAGAGGGAUUUAAGCAGGAAUGCUUUUAUUUUCUGUGAAAGGGAAUAAAAAGAGGACAACAAUGGAUGCUCAAGUCAAACAAAAAGAGUGACCAAUUUAAAACAUUUUUAUAAUAAAAAGUAUUAAGUAUUUUAUUAGAGAAACAGCUCAAGUCAGCUACAGGUCAUGUGUUGCUUUUUUAAAAUAAAAAACUGCAACUCUUCAACCCACCUUGGAUUUUGUUUGAGGAUUAAUUUCUUUUCUCCAUUCCAGAAUGACAACCCAUUGCUCAUAGGUGUGGUGCAAUCUGGACAGAGAAGAGCAUCCAGACACCAUUGCUAUGUUUACUUGAGCUGUUCUACACUUACGAAGAGGCAUGCAAUUUGUGUGUGUGUGCAUAAACAGUUAUACCUCACAAAACAGUAGUUUGGAAGUAACUUCUGUCCACAACACCAACUUGUUCAAGACGUAUGCUAGUGGAUUAGAAGAUAUGGGAAAGGUUACUAAUCGUGAAAUAUACCCUAUGAUAUUGCUUUCUACGGAAGACCUUUAUUUGAAACAUCAGCUCGUUAGAAGACUUGAAAGACUUUAAAUCUUAAAGCUGGAAGAGAGCCCAGAGCCCUUGAAGAUAUAUGACU